UUCAUUCAUAAGACUGAAAGCUACGGCCAAGGCAGGGACACGCGGAGCUGGGACUUGAUUGUUGUGGUUGUUCUUCUUGAGGCUGUGAAAUUCGGUUUAUUAUUUUUUUCCGGAAAGUUUUUGGAAGGCUUCUUCUAGAUAAUUCUACAUUUUAUUUUGGAAGAUCGACUUACUUUUUUUCUUCUUCUUUAUUACUCCCCUCCCCCCGUGGGACCCGCCGGACGCGUGGAGGGGACCGCACCCGAAGCAGAUUCUGUACAGCGGGACAAAGCUUUCCACCUCUGGGGGAGCGAUCCCCCCUCGCCCCUGGUCCUACGGAGCCUGGACUUCCAGGAGGCACAGCGGCAUCUUGUGGGGGCCUGGGCACCGCAAAGGAAUUACACAGAAACUUUGCCAUUGUUGGAGCGGGACGCUACCUUCACCCCGAGUUUCCCCGGACAGCGUACUCUGGGGACGCGCUCGGCUCACCCCGGACUCGCACCUUUCUUCUCCCACCCGGCCAUAGCCUUGGCUUCCCGGCGACCUCAGCGUGGUCACAGGGGUCCCCCUGUGCCCAGGGAAAUGUUUCAAGCUUUCCCCGGAGACUACGACUCCGGCUCCCGGUGCAGCUCCUCACCCUCCGCCGAGUCUCAGUAUCUGUCUUCGGUGGACUCCUUCGGCAGUCCACCCACCGCCGCCGCCUCCCAGGAGUGCGCCGGUCUUGGGGAAAUGCCCGGUUCCUUCGUGCCCACGGUCACCGCGAUCACAACCAGCCAGGACCUCCAGUGGCUCGUGCAACCCACCCUCAUCUCUUCCAUGGCCCAGUCCCAGGGGCAGCCACUGGCCUCCCAGCCCCCGGCCGUCGAUCCCUACGACAUGCCAGGAACCAGUUACUCCACGCCGGGCAUGAGUGGCUACAGCAGUGGCGGAGCAAGUGGCAGUGGUGGGCCUUCCACCAGCGGAACCACCAGUGGACCUGGGCCUGCCCGCCCAGCCCGAGCCCGGCCUAGGAGACCCCGAGAGGAGACGCUCACCCCAGAGGAGGAGGAGAAGAGAAGGGUUCGCCGAGAACGAAACAAACUGGCAGCAGCGAAGUGUAGGAACCGGCGGAGGGAGCUGACUGACCGACUCCAGGCGGAGACAGACCAGUUGGAGGAAGAAAAGGCGGAGCUGGAGUCGGAGAUCGCCGAGCUCCAAAAGGAGAAGGAACGUCUGGAGUUUGUGCUCGUGGCCCACAAACCGGGCUGCAAGAUCCCCUACGAAGAGGGGCCUGGGCCGGGCCCGCUGGCGGAGGUGAGAGAUUUGCCGGGGUCAGCAUCCACUAAGGAAGAUGGUUUCAGCUGGCUGCUGCCGCCCCCACCACCACCGCCCCUGCCCUUCCAGACCAGCCAAGACGCACCCCCCAACCUGACAGCUUCUCUCUUUACACACAGUGAAGUUCAAGUCCUCGGCGACCCUUUCCCCGUUGUUAACCCUUCGUACACUUCCUCGUUUGUCCUCACCUGCCCGGAGGUCUCCGCGUUCGCCGGCACCCAACGCACCAGCGGCAGUGACCAGCCUUCCGACCCCCUGAACUCGCCCUCCCUUCUUGCUCUGUGAACUCUUUAGACACAAAACAAACAAACACACAAGGGAGAGAGAUUUGGAAGAGGAGGAGGAGGAGGAGAGAGAGGGAAAGAGACAAAGCCGGUGUGUGGGCUCCCUGCCUCUCCUGUCGGACCCUCUGCUACCACUGCCAUCGGACAGGAGGACUUCCUUGUGCUUUGUGCUGCCUCUUGUUUCUGUGGCCUGGCGAGGCCAGAGAGCUGGUGACUUUGGGGACAGGGGGUAGGGAGGGGAUGGACACCCCCAGCUGCCGGUUGGCUCACUCACUUCAACCCAAGCUCUGGGGAUGGGGUGGGGGGUGGGGGGUGAUGCCCACCUUCGGGCAAGAGGGAAGGGGGUGCAGGCGGUGGGCGGUGGGGUGGGCUGGAGUCCUUUCCAGAGAAGCCUAACAAGGAAACGCCACAGAGCUCCCCCACCCAGGGUCGCCCACACCCACCCUUCAAGGGGUCACCAGGCUGGUUCUCCCUGCUCCCCCGACCUAAGCCUAUGUAUCCAACAUUUCCAUGUGGUUAGAGCUUCCUCUGAAUUGAGCCCCCCUUUAAAGGGAAGCUGAUGCUCCCCUAUGAUAAUCUCCUUCCCCUCACCCAGACUUAGUCUGAAAUGUGAACCUCCCUCCCUGACCGUCCAGCUGCUCUUCCCAGCAAAACUGGCUCUGGUUUAAAACUCCCGCCUCCUAAGGAUGCCGCACGUUCAAACCCCAGCCCUCCGGUCUGAUUACAGUAUUAUUCCCCUCUCCCCACCUUCAGCCUCCCCUCCUGGCCUUCCUUGUUGGGCCUCUCUGAUUCAGGCAGCAGGGGGCGAUGUGACGCCUGACCUGCUGGAGAGUUUUAUACUGUGAAAUGAGUUGGCCGGAUCGUGGGGGGAGAGAACUCUUGCGGAGGGAUUGUACCCCCACUCCCCAAAGCCUUUCCGUGGUUUCCCCUACCCUCCCACCAUAUGCCUCCUUCCUCUCCUCAGAAUGAUUUAGACUCAAGGGGGCGACAGAAUGGAGAGGGGUGUGACCGUUAUCCAUCCGCGUGGCCCCUCUUCUCCCCCCAGACCAAUCCCUGGCCUUUUUCUGCAAGGCCUGGAACCCCAACCCAGCCUAGGACGCCAACUUCUCCCUCCCCUCGGCACCCCACAUCCUUUCUAGAAAGGAAGCAAGGGGAGAUUGCCAGAGGGCCCGACAUUUGUCUGGAGAUUGAAAGGCUGAGGCUUUGGCCCCCACCCUCCAUAUUUUUGGACUGGCAAACUCAAAGGGGCUGGGCUCCCGCCACCCCAGCUUCCCCUCCCCCAGCCCCAGCCCCGAUUCUUGGUUUUGGCUCCUGCACCCCGCCUUCCCUUGUGCUUCACCUCAUGAGAAUUUUAUCAUGAGGCCAAUGGAUUUUUUUUUUUUUUAAUAUCGGGUGGGUCACGCCGCCCUCAGUGCUGCAUGGAAAACAUUCCACCGCCCCGUCCCGCGGCUCCCGCCCUGAACCCAGCCCCACUCCUGUGCCUAUUUAUCCAUUUCCUGGUUUCCGAAAGGCACUUAUAUCUAUUAUGUAUAAAUAAAUAUAUUAUAUAUGGGUGUGUGUGUGCGUGAGUGCGAGUGUGUGAGCGCUUCUGCAACCUUGGCCUAGGUCACGUUGGCCCUCAAAGCCAUGCCAUUGAAUUGGAAACACUGCUUCUGGAGACUUUGAGACUGCUUGUCUCUGGCUGUCUCUCUCUGUAGCUGUCUCUUUUCUAACUGUCUCGGCCCUUCUGGUUGUUUCUAGCCGUCUCUGGCUGCCUCCUUCCCGCUCCGUCUUUUCUUGUCCUGUUUUUGCCAGACCUUUUCCAUCUGUCUCCGUCCUGAGGUCCCUGAUCCUCCAGCCGUCUCCCAACUCUGGGUUCGUUGGGGACCUGAGAUUUUAUUUUUGUGAGUAAGACUGAGGGAUUAUAGAUUUUCACAAUCUGUAUCUUUGAGAAUUCUGGGUGUGAGUGUGAGACUGUGAGCAGGGCCUGCCCCUGCAGACCACCAUUUAUUGACUCCCCAACCCCCACCCCCCAUGCUGUAUUUGUGAUUUUCUUUGUAUUUUGCACCUGACCCCCGGGGGGUGCUGGGGCUGGCUGGCACUGGGCUGCUACCCUCCCCCUCGUGGUUCUGCACUGUCGCCAAUAAAAAGCUCUUAAAAAUG